AUGAAAGUGUCGGUGGUGUGCGUUUGUGGAGACAGCGGUUACAGUCGGUCACAGGGGUCACACCACAGACCAGAGGCUCAUGUGUUCGCCUGGAUGGUGACAGAGCUUGGUCCCAGUCUUCCUUUGCGUUCCUCUUCUAUUCCUCUGCCUCUUCUUCCUCUGCAUCUUCCUCUGCCUCUUCCUCUGUAUCUUUCUCUUCCUCUGCAUCUUUCUCUGCCUCUUCCUCUCUCCCUCUUCCUCUGCUUCUCCCUCUUCCUCUGCGUUUUCCUAUGCCUCUACCUCUUGCUCUUCAUCUGCCUCUUCCUUUCCCUCUGCCUCUUCCUCUCCCUCUCCCUCUUUCUCUGCCUCUUCCUUUCCCUCUGCCUCUCCCUCUUCCUCUGCCUCUCCUUCUUCCUCUUCCUCUGCCUCUUCCUCUCCCUCUCCCUCUUUCUCUGCCUGUUCCUUUUCCUCUGCCACUUCCUCUCCCUCUUCCUCUGCCUCUACUUCUUCCUCUGCCUCUCCUUCUUCCUCUUCCUCUCCCUCUGCCCCUUCCUCUCCCUCUUCCUCUACUUCUUCCUCUUCCUCUGCCUCUCCCUCUGCCUCUUCCUCUUCCUCUGCCUCUCCUUCUUCCUCUUCCUCUCCCUCUGCCUCUCCUUCUUCCUCUUCCUCUCCCUCUGCCUCUCCUUCUUCCUCUUCCUCCCCCUCUGCCUCUCCCUCUUCCUCUGCGUUUUCCUCUUCCUCUCCCUCUUCCUCUCCCUCUUCCUUUGCCUAUUCCUUUUCCUCGCUCUCUUCUUCUGCGUCUUCUUCUGCGUCUUUCUCUCCCUCUGCCUCUGCCUCUUCCUCUUCACGUCCUUCAGCAGUGAUAUAGACUUGGUGGAAACAGCAGUGAGCAGCUCUGAAGGUUCUUGGUCUGGAUCCAAAGGCAGUGACACAGAGGAUUUACACGAGCUUUGA